AUGCCACCCACCACCACCAAUACCACCGCAGCCAAAAAGCGCCGCACGCGCAGCGACUACCUCUUCCACCAAACCCACCAAACAAGAUGCGUCUCCUUCCCGGACACCCUGGAACUAGGCCUACGCGUGAACAAACUCGGGCGCUCGAGCGUGACCUACGAGGUCGGGGUGUUCCGGCGGGGCGAGGCGGCCGUGAAGGUGGUGGGCGGGUAUACGCAUGUCUUCGUGGCGCGGGAGACGAUGCGGCCGACGGCCGGCGGGAUGGAUCCGGUGGUGCGGCGGGGGUUAGAGCGGUUGCUUAUCCGGAACGAUGAGGAUGGCGAGAGCGGCCAGGAGGGAAAAAAGGGCACGGGACAGCAGCAGCAGCAGCAGCAGGCGGGUGAGAAGGCGCGGUUGUAA